AUGUCAAGAAACUUCGGACAUGAAUUCCUAACCGAAAUAUCUACUUUUGGAACUGAAACUGCUCUGAUUUGGCGAGAUCAAGAAAUUUCAUUCGAGAAUUUUCAAAAACUAGUUGGAAAAUGGAAAAAUAUAAUUGAGAAACAGAAGAAAAACUAUCUUAACACUCUCAGAAUUGCUCUUUUUUGCUCAAACUCUCCUGAUAUUUUGUCUAUAAUUAUAGCAUCUCAACUAUCUGGAAUUACAGUAAUCCCACUCAACCCUUCAUUCAAGAAAUACGAAAUCGAUAAGUACAUUGCAGAAAGUAAUGCUAAUUUCUUAAUUGUCAGUGAUGAUGUUGAUUGUGAGAAGUUUGAAGAAAUCGAGUUCCAUACAAUCUCUGAAUUGUUGUCAGCUGAAGACAACUGCGUUGAUAUUGAUGAAUCUCCGGCUUCAUCUCAUUCCGGAGCCAUUGUUUUUUUCAGUUCUGGAACUACGGGACCUCCGAAACUUUUCGAAUAUUCUCAAAAGAUUCUUUGUUCUCAAAUCGAUCAACUCAGAGAAAUUCAAUUGGAUUCAAGAUUCUUUUCCCCUUCGAAAACAGAUAUUUGUUACGGAGUUCUUCCAUUUUUCCAUGCUGGUGGUCUGAUUACAGUAUUCUCAAUGAUAUUCUCCGGAUGUACAAUUCUUAUAAAUGAGAGAUGGAAUGAACAAGAGUUUCUUUCAAACUGCCAGAAAUAUCGAGUUUCAGUUUUAUUUCUUGUUCCUCCAGUCCUCAAUUUCUUUGCAAAUCAUCCAUUAAUUUCAAACUUUGACCUAUCAUCUCUGAAAACAAUCUACGUCGGAGCGGCCGCGAGCCCUCCUGAAAAUUUCCGAAAGGUCUCGGAACGACUGCCAAAACUUGAGAACUUGAUCCAGUUAUACGGAACAACCGAAUGUGGUGUUCUUUUAUGUAGUACUGGCAAAGGAGAUCUCGGAUGUUUGAGCUAUAAAUUGAAAGAAUUAAUGCUGAUCGGAAGGAUGAAAGAAAUUAUGAAAGUACGUGGAUGGCAAGUGAAUCCAAAUGAAAUUGAAAAUGUCAUCAGAAAAGUGAAGAAUGUCAUCGAUUGUGCUGUUUAUCAGAGUACAAUUCCCGAUAAAUUAAUCGCCAAAGUAAUUGGUAAUCCUGGUACUAAAAAUGAGAUUAUUUCUGUUGUUAAAGAAAACUUAGCGUCAUACAAACAGUUGGAUGACGUCAUUUUUGUAUCCGAACUGCCUAAGAACUCUUCUGGAAAAUUGAUGCGACAUCUACUUCAACGAGACAUUUGA